AAGGGUGACGGAGGGCAAGUGGGGGUGUCCGCGGAGGGGCACCUGGCCCAGCGGGUCAGCCCCAGGCCUCUGGUGUAAAGAGCUUCAGCUCCAAGCAACCCAGGAGUCGAACCACUCGGGGACUGAGUUGCAACUGCAGAAGCAACAAGCAACACUGAGAAGAUGCGUGCUGGCUAAAUUCAGUGGAAAAGGAAACUGGAAAAGACAAUGGAGUUUAAUAGGGGAAACCUACUUUCUGCAGAUAGCUGAAAAGGCUGUCCUGAGAAGCUGUUCUUGGCACUCAUGGAGUAGCUGGAACUGCCCUUUAAGGCCCUUGAUGGGAUAGGCUCUUGCCUGAUCACUCGGAGUGCCUGUCAUCAUGGCCAGCAAGAGGAAGUCCACCAUCCCAUGCAUGAUCCCUGUGAAGACUGUCGUGCUGCAGGGUGCCAGCGUGGAGGCUCAGCCUGUGGAAGCCUUGUCUGCGGGCCCCCCGCAGGACCUUCCCCCGGAGGCCCCUGCCAGCAGCAGCGAGGCAGCCCAGAAUCCCAGCAGCACCGAUGGCUCUGCCCUAGCCAACGGGCAUCGUAGCUCUUUGGACGGCUAUUUAUAUUCUUGUAAAGACUGUGAAUUCAGAUCCCAGGACAUAACCCAAUUUGUGGGACAUAUGAACUCAGAGCACACAGACUUUAAUAAAGACCCACAUUUUAUAUGCACGGGGUGUAGUUUCCUGGCAAAAACUCCUGAGGGGCUUUCCCUGCACAAUGCCAAGUGUCACUCGGGAGAAGCCAGCUUUGUGUGGAGUGUGGCCAAGCUAGACAAUCAUGUGGUCGUGGAGCAGAGCGUCCCGGAGGGCGCCAGCACUCCUGACGUAGCAGGCGAGGCCAGCGCUGAAGGAACUGACGGACAGGCUGAAAUCAUUAUUACCAAGACUCCAAUCAUGAAGAUAAUGAAAAGCAAAGCUGAAGCCAAAAAGAUCCAUAUGCUCAAGGAGAAUGUUCCCAGCCAGCCCGGGAGUGAGGCCUUGCCAAAGCCAGCGGCGGCAGAGACCGAGGUGAAAGAGGGGGACCAUGCCUUCCUCAACGGGGCAGCUCCAGCCAGCCAGGCACCUACCAGCUCUACCAAGCCCCCCCAUGCCACCAACGGGCCCCUCAUAGGAACAGUGCCAGUCCUGCCAGCUGGCAUAGCACAAUUCCUCUCCCUCCAGCAGCAGCAGCCCUCCGUCCAUGCCCAGCACCAUACCCACCAGUCCCUGCCCACCUCCAAGGCCCUUCCCAAAGUCAUGAUCCCCUUGAGCAGCAUCCCAACGUACAACGCCGCCAUGGACUCCAACAGCUUCCUGAAGAACUCCUUCCACAAGUUCCCCUAUCCCACCAAAGCGGAGCUCUGCUACUUGACUGUGGUGACCAAGUACCCGGAAGAGCAGCUCAAGAUCUGGUUCACAGCCCAGAGGCUGAAGCAGGGCAUCAGCUGGUCCCCUGAGGAAAUCGAGGAUGCCCGCAAGAAGAUGUUCAAUACGGUCAUCCAGUCCGUGCCCCAGCCCACAAUCACUGUGCUCAACACACCCCUGGUUGCCAGUGCUGGCAACGUCCAGCAUCUCAUCCAGGCUGCUCUCCCGGGCCACGUGGUGGGACAGCCAGAGGGCACAGCAGGGGGACUUCUGGUCACUCAGCCACUGAUGGCAAAUGGGCUGCAAGCACCAAGCUCGUCUCUCCCCUUGACAGCUACGUCUGUCCCAAAGCCAAACGCGACACCCAUUAACACUGUGUGUUCGAAUACAACAUCGGCUGUGAAGGUGGUUAAUGCGGCUCAGUCGCUCCUCACGGCGUGCCCCAGCAUAACUUCCCAAGCCUUCCUUGACGCUAGCAUCUACAAAAACAAGAAGUCUCACGAGCAGCUGUCGGCUCUGAAAGGGAGUUUCUGUCGGAACCAGUUCCCAGGGCAGAGCGAAGUAGAGCAUCUGACCAAAGUGACAGGCCUCAGUACCAGAGAGGUGCGGAAGUGGUUCAGCGAUCGCAGAUACCACUGCCGGAACCUGAAAGGCUCCAGGGCCAUGAUGCCUGGAGAGCACAGUUCCCUCCUCAUUGACUCAGUGCCAGAGAUCCCCUUCUCCCUGUCAUCGAAGGCCCCCGACGUAACCUGCCUUCCCACAGCGGCCUCACUGGCGAGCCACCCUGCAGCCAAACGGCAAUCCUGGCACCAGACACCAGACUUCACGCCAACCAAAUACAAAGAGAGAGCUCCUGAGCAGCUCCGAGCCCUGGAGAGCAGCUUUGCACAGAACCCCCUUCCCUUGGACGAGGAGCUGGACCGGCUGAGAAGUGAGACCAAGAUGACCCGAAGAGAAAUCGAUAGCUGGUUCUCAGAGAGACGGAAAAAAGUCAGUGCUGAGGACAGCAAGAAGGGAGAUGCUGAGCAUGCCCCUCGGGAAGACGAGGAGCCUGCUGAGGAGGAGGGUGGAGAAGGAGACUCGGCCAGUGAGGUGAGGGUCCCUGGAGAAAACAGCUCCCCAGAAGUCCUCCUCAGCCAGACCUCAGCGGAGCGCAAAGUGAGCCCCAUCAAAAUCAACCUGAAGAACCUGCGGGUGACCGAGGCCAGCGGCAAGAGCGAGCUUCCAGGGCUCAGCGCCUGUGAGCCGGAGGAGGAUGUGCUGAGCAAGCUGACCGAGCAGCCCCCAGGCAAAGUGAGCUACAAAAAGACGGCCCAGCAGCGGCACUUGCUGCGACAGCUCUUUGUCCAGACACAGUGGCCAAGCAACCAGGACUAUGACUCUAUCAUGGCCCAGACAGGGCUGCCACGACCAGAGGUGGUGCGCUGGUUUGGAGACAGCAGGUACGCUCUGAAGAACGGCCAGCUCAAAUGGUACGAAGACUACAAGCGGGGCAACUUCCCACCAGGAUUGCUGGUCAUCGCCCCUGGCAACCGGGAACUGCUGCAAGACUAUUACGUGACACACAAGAUGCUGUACGAGGAGGACCUGCAGAACCUCUGUGACAAGACCCACAUGAGCUCCCAGCAGGUCAAGCAGUGGUUUGCUGAGAAAAUGGGUGAAGAGACUCGGGCCGUAGCAGACACGAGCAGUGAGGACCAGGGCCCUGGCCCCAGUGAGCCUGCAGCAAUUCACAGAAGGCUGGAGGUGCCUGAGAACAGCGAGUCAUGGGAGCCCAGUGCCCCCGACGCCAGCUCGGAGCCUCCAUCGAGUCCCCAGUCUGGACUUCCACUAGAGACUGACUGAAUCGGACUGACUGCUGCGAGGGACUGGCCUGAGUGGGUGCCACCUGCCACCCAGACACGGGGAAGGGCCAGACCUGUCUCUGCCAGCCGCCGGGCACCCCCUGAGAGCCUCCGAGCCCUGCAGCCAGCCAGAGCCCCAGCCACCACCUCCGCCUCCGACUGCCACUACCAAGCAAGCAGCAGGAAGGUUCCUCCUCCCAGCCGUGGCCUCCCUUGAGAGGUGCACGCUGUUCUCUUGCCUGCCAGGGACAACACGGUUCUGAUUUCAUAGUCACAGACAGAAUCAAGUUUUUAACAUAUACAGCGCUUAUAUUCAUUUAAUAAAGCAUCAGAUAACAAACAUUCUCCUUCCAUAGAAACUUUGGUUAGCAAGGCAGUGUGCUGUUCACCUCAUCUCUGAAAACGCCAUGCCUGUUCUCUGGGGCCUGCUGGGGCCUCCAGCAGCGGGCCAGGCUCCAAGGCACACUCAGAGCUUCACCUUCCCCAAGGCAGCAGCACCUGGGAAAAAGACGUCGGGCCCCCCGCAUGGAGCGGUGACCCUCACAUGAAGCGGAGACCCCCACAUGGAGCGGUGACCAGCCACGGCUCCUGCCAGGCCUGCCAGGCCCUCGGAAAUAGCCAGCUUUCUCGGCUGGCUUGAUAAUGCUGCUUUUUCACUGGGAGUUUGAAUUCUGGGUCAGAUGACUUAAAGGAGCAUCUGUCAAUCUAAUGAGCUGACUGCGUACACA